CCAUUGUUUCUUUUUAGGAAUUGAUCUACCCUGGACAAGACUCAAUUCCAAAGGCCUUCUCUUUUUGACCCUUCGAUUUUCGCUUUUUCUUUUCUCGCAGGCACGUUCCGUUCUUCGCCAGUUUUCCUCUUCAUUCCCGGUACAAAAGAUGCUUCCUCUUUCUCUACUGAAAACAGCUCAGGGUCAUCCUAUGCUGGUGGAGCUAAAAAAUGGGGAGACCUAUAAUGGACAUUUGGUCAAUUGUGACACUUGGAUGAACAUCCAUCUUCGUGAAGUUAUUUGUACUUCAAAGGACGGAGACAGGUUUUGGCGAAUGCCUGAAUGCUAUAUCCGAGGAAAUACAAUCAAGUAUCUUCGAGUCCCCGAUGAGGUCAUUGAUAAAGUUCAGGAAGAAAAGAGUCGUGCAGAUAGGAAGCCUCCUGGUGUAGGCCGUGGAAGAGGUAGAGGUAGAGAAGAUGGUUCCAGUGGGAGGCAACCAAUAGGAGUUGGGCGUGGGCUAGACGACAUUGCUAAGGGUGCAGGCCGAGGCCGGGGUGCUCCAGGUGGAAAGCCUAGUGGUAGCAGAGGUGGUGGUCAAGGUCGGGGUUGAGGUGAGGUGAUGCUGCGUUAUUCUGGGGUGAAGUUACUAUUAAUGUUAUUACAAGUGACACAAGCUGAGUUCUUCCGGCGGGUUAAGACUAAGACCAGUUGCAUUAAGUGCCAGAUAUUACGAUGAAUUGCAGAACUCGGUUAAGGACCAUUUAUUGUGGUUUGUCAUUUUAACUUCUUUCCCUUUUAUCUUACUGUGGAUAUAGCUUGUAAGAGGAUUUACUGUUAGGAGCAUGUGCUAAAUUAAAAAAUCUUCU